AUGGGCAAAAAGUCAAAGUCGCAGUCCAAGACGGACCCGGCAUCCAGCAAAUCUGCCGGCUCUCUUCCCUUUGUCGGCGGCAAUGCAGCUCUGGACCCGACUCUGAGCUCGCUGUUUGCGAAUAGUGCUGGCCCCGUUAAAGCCCCUGUUCCCCCAACGAAGGCUGCGGCCGAAUCUACACAAGCGGCCCAGAUUGAAAACGACAAUGACGAUGCCAAUGCAUCGGAAGAUUUUUCGUCCCCUUCAUUUGAUGAAGUGAUGGAGGACGCGCCCGAGACCCGCGACUCAGAGGCCGCCGUGGAGGAAAAGACCCAAGAUACACAGACUCGGAAGCGCAAGAGGGGCGGUGUCGAAGACGAUCUGGAGGAGUCGUACAUGCGUCGCAUUGCCAAGGAGGAGCAGAAGGCGGAGGAAAAGAAAAAAUUGGAACAGGCGAAGCGUCAGAAGCAGGUUAAGAAAGCCAGCAGCGAUGCCUCGAGCGACGACUCCGAAGUCCCCGAGGAAGCAGCAUCCCAGGACAGUGAUGACGAAGACGGCUCGAGCGCUCCGGCUCCGGUGCAUGAAAGUCUGUCCGGAACAGCUGGAAACAGUGACGUCGAGAAGUCCAACCGCACUGUCUUUUUGGGGAACGUCUCGACCCAGGCUAUCAAAUCCAAGUCGGCGAAGAAAACUCUUCUCCGACACCUGGCCUCCUUUUGCUCGACACUCCCUGAAUCUACGGGUCCGCACAAGGUCGAAUCCAUCCGUUUCCGCUCCAUCCUCGAUGAGACCACGCCCAGUACCAACGCUUACGCAGUUUAUACCACGAUCCAAGCCGCCCGGAAGGCGCCCAUCGCAUUGAAUGGCACAGUCAUUUUGGAUCGGCACCUGCGUGUAGACAGCAUCGCACACCCCGCGGGGAUUGACAACAAGCGGUGCGUGUUCGUGGGUAACUUAAGCUUCGUCGACCACGAAGCGGCGGACGAGGAGUCUGGCAAAAAGAAAAAGAACCGCGCCCCUGCCGAUAUCGAGGAGGGUCUGUGGCGCACUUUCAAUGCCCACACCGGGGGGAAGAAAGACAAGAAAGCCCCCAAGAGCAGUGUUGAGUUUGUCCGUGUGAUUCGUGAUCGGUCUACUCGUGUCGGGAAAGGGUUCGCCUACGUCCAGUUCUACGAUGGCAACGGCGUCGAGGAGGCGCUUCUGCUCAACGAGAAGAAUUUCCCGCCCCUGCUGCCCCGGAAAUUGCGUGUCACUCGAGCUCGGAAGAUGGCCAAGAAGGGCCCUGAGGCCGAUGCAAAGAACCCGCGGAUGGGAGAGGCCCAAAAGACGUUGCAAGGUCGGGCCGGCAAACUGCUCGGCCGAGCGGGCGCGGCCAAGAUUAAGGCUGAUGGGAAGGGUUCCAUUGCGGCGAACUCGUUUGUGUUUGAGGGUCAUCGAGCGACUGAGGGCAACUCGUCGAUCAAGGCGAAGACGAAGAGCCGCGGCUCCAAGGGCAAGCCGAAGAACCGGAGCAGUAAGCGGGCUGCGGCCUAUCGGGCAGCAGGUGGGCAGAAGCCCUGA